UACAUGUAAGUCAAAUACUUUUAUUACUUAUAAUAUGAUUAGAUAGAAAGCAAUCUGACAGAUUGGAGCAGCGUUACGCGUAUUUGCGCACGUGCAGCCAUGCAUGAUGCAUGUAACGAUAGCUACAGCUGUUGUGUGUUGAUGGUCGCGGUCGUCGUGACGACCCGGCGUUUCCUGAUGAGCCUGGUCUACCACAAAAUCACCGAGCUCGAAUGACAGCUUAAAUCGCAAAAAAAAGAAGAUUUAAAUUAAGCAAAAAAUGGUGGUCGUGGAUAAACGCAGGUACCUUAUAGUCUCUACAGCUGGGUAUUUCUUCGGCGCUUCCGUGCAACAGGAUGAGGAAGAUGUCGAGGAUCGAAAGAUCCUCGAUCGCUUCCUGGAGCAGUCGUCGUGUAGAAUUUUAUGCGCCCGACCGGUUGACGAGGACCGGAAGCAAGUUCGGUUGAAGUUGACCACCGAAUUGGAUACCGGAACAGCCAACUGUCUGGUCUUCUUUAAGAUGACAGCAGCCGUGAUUACCGAAGAGAACUUUCACGACGUCGUCCAAGUGGCUUCCACCGGCUGCGGUGAUGGAUCGGUAUUGAUCGAGGGUCUUCGUCAGGUUUGGGCGCCGACUCUAGAAUCGUCGGGUUUAAGCGCGUCAUGUCUCAAGAACCUCGAGGAGAGGCUGCUCAGCUCCGGAUUUUCGAUCACCGUCGCAGAAGAGGAGGAAUUUUGGAGACGGAGACGAGAUGAAGUGAAACGCUCGCAUGAGAGAACAAUUUGCGAGGAAGCCGUUAAGUCGGUGAAGAACAUCAAGGUCGAACUUGAAAGCGCCGCGGUGUCUAGAGAUGGAUUAAUAGCUGUAGAAGAGGCUUGCGAAGCCAUUUCAGUGUUCGUAGAUGAUUUAUGGAAAUUAAGCGGACCAGCGUAUACUGAGGAAAGGAUGAAAUCGUUUCUCGACGUGAUUGGGAACGAAGUGGUCCAAUUAACGCAGAAUUAUCUCAAUGCGGUCGACACAACCGACAGUCGUGCAAAGGAUGAAACGAUAGCACUUGGAGCGACGGUGUGCGAAAAGUGGGUAAACGCAACUCAGAAAUUGACAGAACUCUUCUGGCCACAUUACUCCCUUCAUCCUUGGAAAGGAGCGAUCUUUGUACCCGGAAAAUGCUCGAAGCUCGGCAAAAGUCUCAGGCAAAUGUCCGACUUGCGUGCACAGCAUCGCCAAUUGACCAGACUUCUGACCUCGAGCGAAAGAUCCGGACUCGGUGUCGAGAAGUUGCUUCAGACAUGCGACGACACGAGAGUUGCAGUGGAUGAACAUUGGGACGAUGAAUGGGAUAGACUGAGACGAAAGAUUGAGGAAGGUCUAGUGCCAGCUGAAGAGCGCGUCGCUCAAAAGCUGAAGGAUCACAUUGCUGACGCUGACACUCCAAGUGCUUUGGUCGCCGAAUUUGGGAAAUAUAGAGAGUUAAUGAAGAGAGAAGGGCUUAAGAGAGCAUUACGUGGCGAACGAGAGUCGUUACUUGCUGCAUAUCCUGAUUUAAUUGAAAAUCGCUUGGCUGGUCCUGAUACGGAAGAUCUUUUGGAUGUUCCUAAAGUGCUGCAAGAGGUUCAAGCUGCCAGAUCUGCAGAAGUACGACUAGAAAAUUUGGCUAAAUUAGGAAAGGAAUUGCUCGCCGAUUUGCCAGGGUACGAAGAAGCGGCGACGCGAUUAUCGAGCGCUCUGAAGGAAGCCGAAGAGAAAAGGAGGGAUUUGGUUGAGUCAUGGGUGAACAACACAAAGAACGAGAUAGCCAGGAAAGAAUUGAGCUUGGGCACCGACUCGCCGGUGGUAGAACUUACCGGCACUAGCAUGAUGCGAGUGACCUAUGACUCUCGAUUGAUGACUCUGAUUAGAGAAGCCAGAGCAUUGUCCGGCGAAGGCGUCGAAUUGCCGAGGGAGAUUCGAGAACUGGUAGACAGAGCCUCGUCCUUAGCCGGACGAGCUAGAGCUCUUCAACAGGUCGCCACCUUUCACAACACGAUCGGCGAUCGAAUGGUGCCUUCUCAAAGACCUCUCAUGUUGACGGUGGCUCUGGAGUUAGCGCGUGCUGUUCAGGAACAAUCGGGUGUCGUUUGGUCAGAUCCUCAUCUCGUCGAUGUGUACACCGCUCGAUUGAAAGAGCUGGUAGUAAAGUUUGCUCGACAAAACUCGGAAUUGAUUUCGAAGCACUCCACGUUACGAGAUUACGUGUCGAAUUUAUUGAAAGGCGAUGCUGUACACCUUGUCGGAAAUCAGAAUAUCUGGAAAGAGACGUUGAUAAACAUGAGAGCGAUCGUUGACGCAGUGGAUUCGCAAUACGGUAACGCAAAAGCUUGGAAAUUGCAUUGGGAUCGUCAACUCUUGAAAGCACUGGGCGUAGCUUACAGGAAUGCUUUGCCAUCCUUGUCGAGGAAACUGCCCGAGAUCCGAGUGGAGCUCACUUUCCGGGACGGAAUUCUACAAUGGAGACCACCGCUCGAAGAUAUUCGCGCAAAGUUAUAUUCCGGGGUACGUCGAUCGCUCUCGAUUCCGGUGAACUUUCGGGGCGUUGGGGAUGUCGCCGAUGCGCACUUUGGCGAUUUGGUACAGAAGAAUGCGUAUCUCUUCAGCGGCGUUUACAAGCAAGUGGAAAUCGCUCUGGCCACUCUCGAAUUAUUUCGGAUGAAAUGGCUGAGUCUAGCAACGCCAGCUAAUAUCGAUAUUGGAGAGCGACUGAAAGGUAAACCUCCUCAAGAAUGGGCGAAAGCGUUCAAGGAGGCCAAACAAUGGGCUCAGGAGGUUGGAAAAUUAAGAGGCUGCGACGUGAGAAUCAGCUGCAUAUGCAUCGAUACAGCGACGACGAGGAACGAUUUGGAGACUGCGACUCGUCAUUAUUGGGAACGUCUAUGUUCCGACUUAAGGGUGGAGGCAUCAUCGCGUUUGAUGGCCAUCGUGGACUUCCUGUCCUUCGCGUCCAAGGAGCUGGAACGUAGACCUCGUGAUGUCGAAGAAGUCGGAUUAGCUCACGAAGCUCAUGCGCGUAUCGAGCAACAGUCGGCGGGUAUCGCCAAAGAAAUGGAAGUCGUUGCUGUCCUCGCCAAAGUUAUGGCCGCGUGGACCAGCGAGAAGCUCGAUGGUGUUAACGCGGCGCAUGCCGCUUGGCAGGAGCUGGGGGAUCGUUUGGAAAAGCAUAAAAGUGUUAUGGCGCGUCUACUGGAAGACGCUAAAGUUAAUCUUCGUCAUCGAGCGAUAGCGCUGAGAGACGAAAGGGAGAGAUGGCAGGCUAAAUGGUCCGCAAGAUCGGGAAAUACCACACUCGAUUGGCUGAUAUCGAUGAAGGAACGUUUGGUCAAUUUAAAUAUGCAACUGGAUUCCUUAAAAGCGGAUUGUCAAAGAAUAGCCCUCGAUCUCGAAAGUGUUCUGGAGGACGACGAGAUUAAUUUAUCGCAAUUGGAACAAGAAUUGGAGAUCGAGGAGUCAAAUUACAGGUUUCAAUCUGAAUUUUUGGAGGAGCUUAAGAAUCAGGAAAUCGAAGAGUGGGCUGUGGCUAGAAGAAGAUUACCGAGACUUCACGAUUGGCUUGAUUCUUGGGAGAGUAAGAUUCGCUUGCAGGAUAACUUGGAUAUCGACAAAUUAUUUGAUACCUUCGUUGGUAAAAAAAUAAACGAAGUUAGAUCCACGGUCGAAUCUAUCCAGCUGCUUCGUGGAGACGAGAUCGCCAAUGAGCACUGGACCGAGUUAAUUCCUAUACUGGGCUUGAAGGUCAAAAAUCCACAAGAUAUCACUUUAGGUGAUUUGCUCGCUUGUGCGGAGGCGCUAAAAAAGAAUGAGGCUCAAGUGAAGGAAAUAACGAAACGAGCAGUCGCGGAAAGCGGAAUUCGACAAGCGUUAAUGGACCUGGAGAUCUGGGAAAGUACGGCGUCACUUCCGUUGCAACAGUCGACCGACAGCAGAAACAGGACCAUUUUACUAGUCGGGGAUUACGGCAAUCUGUUAGCGAAAAUAGAGGAAUUGAGACUCUUGCUCGAAGGAGCAAAAGGCACAUCCGGACACGAGAGAUUUGCAUCUAGAGUUGCACGUUGCGAGGCGGCUCUGUCGGAGCUCGAGGAAAGAAUUAAGGUUCUUAGUACAGUCCAGAGGAAAUGGAUCUACUUGGAUCCGGUUUACGGAAGUGGAGCGGCUCCAAGUGAUUCCGGAAGAUGGUCGAGGGCCGAUAAAGAAUUUAGAUAUCUUAUCGGAGAAGUAUCUCAAGAUCCCCGAGUACCGUCCUUGAGACGACUUUCUUUACCAGCUUUAACAAAUUUGAAGGAUCUGCUGGAUCGAUGUCAGAAGAGUUUGGAUGAAUUUUUGGAGGAGAAACGUGCAGCGUAUCCCAGAUUGUAUUUUCUCAGCGACGAGGACCUUUUGGAACUUGUAUCGGGCAGCGGACGAGGCUUGGAGGCUCAUUUGCCAAAGUUGUAUCACGGUGUGGGUUCGGUAGUGAAAGAGAACAAUACGUUGACGGCGGUUGUGUCGGCCGAGGGAGAAAUGUUAAAGUUACCGGAGACUAUCGAUCUCACUGAACCUCUCCCGCAAUGGCUGAAUAAUCUCGAAAGCGGAAUGAAAAAGGCUCUCUGUCAGAGUUUGGAAAAGUGUGUGAACGACUCCGCGCCCGAUCCGUCCGAUUAUCCCACACAGGUACUGCUGCUCUCGGAAAGGAUAGAUUUUACCGAGCGCUGCGAACGUGCGCUGAAAGAGGGUCGCGUAGCUUUGCAGAAGCUCGUCGAGUUUCUGGAAACGCAGAGAGCGAGAUACAGAGGACUGGAAGAUGCCGGUGAUAAACUGACCGCGUUGAAAGCGCGCGGCCUUCUAUUGGAUACGGUUCAUCAUCUUCAAGUAGCCAGGGCGUUAUUGAAAAUUGUAGCGACCGGAGAGAACGCCGACUGGAUGUGGUACAAACAGUUGAGUUACAGAAAGAAUCAAGGUACAUACGUGGUGCGAUGUGCCGGCGCAGAGUUACCCUAUCGUUUCGAGUAUCAAGGGGCGUCUAUCGGCUUAGUAAGAACUCCCUUGACGGAGAAAUGUUUCCUAGCUCUCACGCAAGCUAUGAAGCUCGGAUUAGGCGGAAGUCCGACUGGUCCUGCCGGAACCGGGAAGACCGAGAGCGUGAAAGCGCUGGCAUCUGUUUUGGGAAGACUGGUGCUCGUCUUUAAUUGCGAUGAAGGGAUGGAUACCGGAAGUAUGAAGCGUAUCUUGGGAGGUUUGGCGCAGGCGGGUGCCUGGGGUUGUUUCGACGAGUUCAAUCGUCUUGAAGAGGAUACAUUAAGCGCGGUGGCGAUGCUGGUGAGGCCGCUUCAAGAGGCGCUUCGAAACGGUUCUCCGGAAAUUCUGCUGGGCGAUCAGAAGAUCAAGUUGGAUCCUCACUGCUGCAUCUUCAUUACGAUGAAUCCGGCGGGAAGCGAAUACGGAGGCAGACGAAAACUGCCGGAUUCAUUGGCGAGACUGUUCAGACCUAUCAGCAUGGCGCAUCCAGACAAGACGGACAUUGUCAGAACUCUGCUGGAAUGCGCCGGUUUCUUAGAAGCGAUUACUCUUGGCAAACGACUCGUGGAGGCUCUCGAAAUCGCCGGAACCAUGUUGUCCGAGCAACCGCAUUACGAUUGGGGACUCAGAGCCUUGAAAUCCGUGCUCGAUGCCUUACAUCCGAUUACCGGUGUAGACGAGACCACUAGGCUUCUUAUUUCGAUUAGAGCAUCGACCCUUCCAAAGCUGACAGAGACAGAUACAAUCAAGUUCUUGGCGUUGCUAAACGAUCUCUUCCCGAAGGCCAAUUCUUCUCUGCCCGUUUCUGCAGAAAGCGAAAGUUUGGUUGCCGCUUUGUUGAAGAUCUGCGAGAGUCAGGGAUGGACGAAAGAGGUUGCCAACCGAUGCGUUCAACUAAACGAUCUGUUGAAGAGUAGAACCGGCGUCGCCGUGGUCGGGCCACCGGGUAGUGGAAAAACAUCGAUCAGGUUGUGCUUGGCCGAAGCGAUGGCGAAGAUCGGCGAACCUGUGCAACAGAUCGUCGUUUAUCCCGGCGCGGUACCAAAGAGCAGAUUAUUAGGACACGUAAAUCCACGGACGAGAGAAUGGAAGGACGGAGUUUUAUCGAGCGCGGUAACAUCCGCUGGAAAUUCCGCGACCUGGAUCGUCUUCAAUGGCGAUGUGGAACCUGAAUGGGCUGAGGCGUUGAAUUCGGCCCUGGAUGAUAAUCGAUUAUUAACGUUACCUAAUGGAAUAGGACUUAGACUCGGCAGUGGUACAAGGUUUAUCUUCGAGACCCACAAGCUCGCCGAUGCAAGUCCUGCUACGGUUUCGCGACUGGGUGUUUUGCAUCUUGGAUUAACGAGAUCGACGUCUCUAUUGGCGCCGUGGCGUUUAGAACAACUCUCUUCAACAACCGCGGAGAUCGCAAGCGCCCACUUAUGCACAUCCAUCGAUGAGACCCUGAACAUAAACGUCGAAGGUUCGUCUGCGUCCGGUCUGAUGGACGCCGUAAUGUGUCACCUUCGUAAAGCGCAGACCUUUAGUCAGACCACUCAAGCUCUUCUGCUUUCACUGGGUGGUCAAGUGGAUGAUUUACAAUUGAGAAACAAUUUGGCGAAAUUCAUUUACGGCUCGACCGAUAGUUGGUGUCCCGACCCGCAAAAGCCAAGUGCCGUUCUCUACGAUCGUGAAACUGAUCGAUUAAUAGCCUUCGGCGACACUUACGAAUCUAUCGAUACCGAUUUUGGACCCGUUUCGAUUUCAGAUCGCAUCAGAAAGGCAUUAGCAGCUAUUUUGCCAUGGAUAGAAGACGGUCAUCCGCUUAUAAUUCGUGGAGCCAAAGCUUGCGGUAAAAAUACUUUAAUCGAUGUCGCGCUAUCCAGAAUUAAAGAUCACGAUUCAAUAACCGUGGUGAGAGGAUCUUCGUUCUACGGCCCUGAUGAUCUUGUGACUCGUUUGAAAAAGGCUUGCUUGCGUCUGGAUUCUUCGUCGCAGGGUAGAAUAUAUAAGCCGAGAAGUGGAUCUCGAGUGCUUCUUAUCUUGGAAGAUAUGCAUCUCGCUGCUAAAAAUUUACAGGAAUUGGUGAGAGAGUUACUUCAAGAGAAAGGAUUCCUUGAAGAGGAUCUUGAAUUUUCCAAAAUAUCUUUAACUAUCAUAUGCACUGCUGAUGAAUCUACACGAUUGCAUCCGAGACUUGAAGCCUUAUUUGCAACUUAUUAUCUAGAAUAUCCCAGCCAAAAGGAUAUCGCAGCUAUUCUCGAACUUCACUUGAGAACCUCUCUGAAGCAGAUAGAUUAUGUUAUGGCAGAAUCUUGGAUUACUCGAAUGAAGCCUAACAUCUUGGACGCUUUUCGAUUUGCGUCCACUCAGGAAUCCUCUCUCAACUGGACUCUUAAAGAUAUCGUUUCGUGGGCGAGGCUCUUAAAGUAUUAUCCUACGCCUGAAAAUGAAGCGGAUAUCACUCGUUAUUUGUUGGACAUCGGACAACGGCUAUUUUGUGCAAGAUUAUCGCCCAAAGCGUUGGCACGAUGGGAAAAUUUAUUAAUCUCAAAGGACUCCGAGGUGAAAGAUUUUAACAACGAUGUAUACGUGUGGAAGAGCGCAAACAUGGGGCUUUAUCCUUUGAGCGAAGAACAAUGGCGAGAAGAGAUAAUCAAUGCAGCGGCUAGAUGCGCCAGAGAGGGUCAACCGGUGCAAGCAUCGAUUUCAUCCUAUCUUUUGGAAACUGUAGCUGGACUCAGUUGGGCUGUGGGAUGUGAUUUUCGCGGUGUGAUUCUCGUCGGACGACCGGGAGCGGGCAGGAGAUCAGCUGCUAAACUAGUCGCGACCUUCUCCUCUCUCCGAUUGAUCGAGUCAGGACCUGAGCGCGGUAAAGCGGCGAUAAAGAAUGCUGUGCAAACUGCUGGUAUCGAGGGCCAACCGACCUUGCUCUUGCUAGAAGAAUACCACGCCAGAGAAGAGAGCUUGGCUGUUUUAAUAAACGCUAUGGUGUCCAGAAGCGAAAUUCCAGGGCUCUUUAUGGCGGAAGAACUUGAUGCGUUAGUCACUCCACUGUCUGAUCUGGCCCGAAGGGAAGAUUUUCAAGGAACAUUGGAGCAUUAUUUAUAUCAUCGUCUGCGCAAGUAUCUUCGGAUAGCUGUAAUUUUGGAUUCAGAAGAGAUAGAUUCGUCGCGAUUAUUACUGGGUCUUCGACAUUGCGCGCUGCUCGGGUCUAGCCUAGGCGAAUGGUGGUCUCGGGAGAGCUCGUUGAUUAAAUUCGCAGUCCAGGAAGGUACUUUACAGCUGGACGAACUCGAAGAGCUGCCGAGCGGCGCGAAAGUCAUGAUCGACGCUCAUAUUCAGGCACCUCAACAUCAGAGAGCGCCAGCAAGAUUUCUCGCUCUGGUGCAUACCUGGAAAUAUCUUCGCGACACGUGGAGCAAAGAGGUGGAAGAGAAGCUUCAAUCUCUCGAAGCUGGUAUCGGAAAGCUAAGAGAGGCUGGCGAUCAAGUGGCCAAGUUAGAGGAUGAAGUAUCUAAACAGCGCCAGGAACUUGAGGUGCAAAAAGGAAGAGCUAACGCUGCUCUCGAGCAAAUCACCGCCACGAUGAGAGGCGCGACUAAUCAAAGAGGAGAGAUGACUAACUUGAAGGCCAACACAGAACGUGAGAGUGCUGAGCUUGCGUUACGUAAGGCUGAUAUAGAGAAGGAAUUGGGUAAGGUCGAGCCUUUGGUGGCACAAGCUGCUCAGGCAGUGGCCGGAAUAAGUGCCGACGCGUUAGCCGAAGUUCGAUCGUUGAGAGCACCGCCGGCGCCAGUGAGAGACGUCCUCGAGGGUGUUCUUCGGUUAAUGGGCAUAAAGGACACGUCUUGGAACAGUAUGAAGACUUUCCUCGCCAAGCGAGGUAUCAAGGACGAGAUCAGAACUUGGGACGCGAGACGCAGCACGCCCGCCAGUUUAGAAGCGGUUGCCAAGCUGGUGAAAGAACGUCCGGAUAGUUUCGAGGAGAAGACUGCAAAGAGAGCAUCGGUGGCGGCUGCUCCGCUAGCCGCUUGGGUUCUCGCUAAUCUUCAAUACGGUCAGAUAUUGGAGCAAGUUGCCCCAUUGGAACGAGAACAACGACAAUUGGCCGAUCGAUUGGCGGCGGCUGAGGCGCAACUGGGAGAAUUGAAAACGGGAUUAAACACGGUGGAAAGUCGUGUGGCGCAGCUUCAAAAGGAACUUGCCGAGCAUACGAGGAGUGCAGCUGAAUUACAAUUGCGGGCGGAGGCCACCGAAGGCAGUUUGUCGACGGCGCGAGCUCUCCUGCAGAAACUAGAUACCGAACAUCGCGACUGGCAAACUCAGUUCCAGGAGUUGACUGCCAGAAAACAAAAACUGGACGUCGAAGCGGCCAAUGCGGCUGCUCUACUCGUGUAUCAGAAUCCCGAAAGAGAUGGCAACUGGAUGAAAUCAGCAAUCACUUUAUUAGUAACCGAACGCGAGAGAUUGCUAUGGAGAGCGCAGGAUUUGCCAGCAGAUACGAGUAGUUUAAUCGCAGCUUCUCGUGUGUUGAAAGGACCAUUGGUGCCUAUUUUCCUCGAUCCCUCGGGAGUAGCUGUAUCCUGGAUCAAACGUAACAUCGGCUCCAGACUCGAAGUCACUCAGCCUGAAAAUUCCAAAUUUUUGACGGCUCUGGAGCUUGCUGUGCGUUUUGGAAAACCUCUCUUGGUCGAGGAAUUGGUCAAGUUUCCGUCGAUAUUGUUGCCCGUUCUUCGCCAGCGACCGCUUAGAUUGGGCGAUCGUGUCUUAUCGGCUCAACAAGGCUUCCAACUGUUUCUAGCUACAAGAAAGGAUAGAUUGGAAGAUAUUCCGAAAGAAGCUGAUGCUGUAUUAUGCGAGAUCACACUUGGCGCUGGUAAAAAAAGCCUCGCGGAGAGAUUUGUCGAGAAGCUUUUAUUAAACGAAACGCCGGAGCUGGAGGCGCAAAGAAGAGAAGCUCUGGAAAGGGAGGAAAAAUUAUCCGGGGAAAGAGAUGCAGCCAGGCUGGAUGUAUUGAGUCAAUUAGCUACAGCCAGGGGUCAAGAUCUCUUGCAAGAAUCUCAAGGACAAGGGGGACUCUUGUCUACGCUGGAGGCAACGCAAUCCAAGGCAAAAGAAAUCGCAAUUGCCCUCGAAGAAAGCAGACAGAGCUUAAAUGAAGUUUCAAGACGAGCCAAAGAGCAUGAAAAGUAUGCACAGUUUGCUGCUAACGUUUACGAGACUAUUAAAGGAUUAACGCUUCUCAGUUCUUUAUAUAUCGUUUCUACGGAAGUUUACACGGACAUUUGCUUGAAAGCAGUACGGAACGAUAGCUCUUUCACGAGUGAAAACAGAGAGAAAAAGGAAUCUAAUCCGAAUCUAAUCCAGAAACGCUUGAUAACAUUGACGUUCCAUCAUUGCGCGAAAGCGAUCUACAGAAAGCACAGACUUCCUUUAGCCUUGCACAUGGCGUUGUCAUUGAAUCCCGUAUCAGAUGUCGAAAGGAAUCUCUUACUCGAUAGCGGUGUCAUCAACAACGAUAAUUUGGACUUUGAAUUACCCGAAUGGAUACCCGACGAAAGACGUGAGGCUGUGCAGGCCUUAGGUUCUUCCUUACCCGACGUAGCUGCCAAGAUGAAACCUUCCUGGCUGAAGGAUAUUUCCAAUAUUUAUGCGGACAGCGAGCUUAACGCCUUUCAGAAAGUUCUAGUCGUGAAAGCAUGUCGACCUGAUUAUUUGCACACCGCUCUUUCCAAAUUUGCUGCGAAGCAGUUAGGUGUGAAAGAUUUGGCUCCACCUGUAUGGACAUUGGAUGCAAUCGCUCAGGAGAAGGAAAGAUCGUAUCCUGUGCUAUUACUUUUAUCCCCGGGAACUGAUCCUGGUCCCGAGCUUAGUGCACUCGCUGCAAAAUAUGCCUCUGCUGGAUUUACUGAGGUUUCCCUGGGUCAAGGACACGUUAUUCAAGCUGAAUCGGCGUUGGAAGCCGCGUGCAAAAAGGGUGGCUGGAUUUUGUUGAGCAACUUACAACUUGCAUUAAAUUGGUUACCGCGGUUGGAAAGCCUAUUACGUUCACCCGUGUGUACCGUAAACAAAAAUCCGUCUACAAGGAUCUGGUUAACCACGGAGGAGUGCUCCGGUUUCUAUCCUGGUUUAGCCGGGCUCUGUUUGAAGUUGGCGUACGAGCCUCCCGAAGGUGUGAAGAGGAACAUGAGAAAGUCGCUUCAGCAGCUUCGGCAACAUGACGACGAAACCGCAGCCUCGAUAUUAAUGCUCUCCUGGUUACACGCUACUCUCCAAGAACGACGUAAUUUCAUUCCUCAGGGUUGGAUUAGAGCGUAUGAGUGGAACGAAUCGGAUCUCGAGGCAGCCUACGAGUUGGUGAUUAAAGAAAUGGAAAAGAAACGAUCGCAAGGAGACUGGCAGAUCGGCAGAGGUUUACUCGACGUUGCGGUUUACGGUGGUCGACUUCAAGAUGAUUACGAUGCGAGGGCAUUGCGCUCGAUGAUACGCGAUGCGUGGUCCAGAGAUAUUUUUGAGGGUCAACGGAAGCUGGGAGACGUGUUAAAGAUAACCGAUGGCGAUCCCAUAAAAUCGCUGGAGAGCUUGAACGAUACCGAUUCGCCGAAACAGUAUUUUGGUCUCCCUGCUAACGCUCACAGAGCAUGGGAAAGAUCUGCUGCAGAGAAAGCUCUGAUAUAUCUCAAAAGUAUCUUAAUGAAACCUUUCAAGAGCAGCGAAGAGAACAGCAAUAAGGUGGAAAUAUCCAAAGUUCAACAGGAUCUACAGGAAGUCCUGGAUCGACAAUGUUCCUCGGCAUCCACAAGUGUCGAACAGGAAAGGAAUCCUUUGCAGGACUUUUUCGUAGACGAGAUCGAGCUUACAAGAAAGUUGUUGCAAAUUGUACAAUUUGACCUGGACGCCUCAUCUUUCGAUGACGAUGGGACUCCUGAGCGCUGGUUAACGGAAUGGCGAUCAGGCCCGAAGAAUGCUGUUCAAUUCGCAAAGGCGCUUUUGUCAAAGUACGAGACGUUGAAAUCCUCAGCGAUGAAUGUACCUAAUCGAGUCGAUAUGUCUCAAUUGUCCCGACCACGUGCUCUUCUAACUGCACUGAAGCAACAUACCGCACGUGAACUUGGUUAUCCAUUGGAAGCACUUCAUCUUCACGCCAAUUGGAUCGAGAAUCGUAUAAACAAGGAGUGGAAGGUAUCGCUCCAACUCGAAGGUUUACUUUUAUCAGGAGCCUCGAUCGAGAAAGGUGUUUUGAAGGAUCUCGAUGUAGAUUCGGCAGCAGUUGCGGUUGCCCCGACAUGCCAAGUGGCUUUUAUGCCAAAAGAAGGUUCGGAAGAUAAAUCAGACGAAGAUAAUUCUAAUAUUCUCGAGGAUACGCAUCCACAAGAUUAUCUGUACAUACCGGUUUACACAAGUGUUCAACGAGAAACUUUAAUUUGUUCCUUACCGAUCACGUGCCUGAGAGAAGAUCGCGAUACAUGGUUUCGACGUGGCGUCAUUCUAUAUCUGAGAUAAGUAAUUUUAAGUAAUAAUCUUCAGUGAUAAAUCCUCUCCGUGAUAUCAUCUGACGAUGAAAGUACGAAAUAAUUUUCAGCAGAUUUUGAUACGCAUUGAAAUAUUGAUCAAAUCAAUCAAAUCUGAAAAAAAAUUACAGAAAAAUGUCGAGAAAUUGUUUCUAAUUCAUAAAUAAUUGAAAAUGCAAGUCGAACUAGUAUGUAAAUAAGAAAAAAAAUUUUAUUUUUAUUUAAUUUUAAGUAUCAUAGAAAAAUCGAGAUUUUUUAACAUUCAAGAGCCUGCAAUAAUUUUAAAGAUUUUGAAAUUGUUUUAAAAUAUUAACUAUUAA